GCACCACAACAUGUUACGGAAAGUGAUUAGUACGUGGAAAACACGGUGAUAUUUUUCGUUGUAUACCACAACAGCUGAAAUCAUGAGGACUACGACACCGCAGCGUCUUUCUGAACUUCAAAAAAAUCCGAAAAAUAUCAGAAAUAUAUGUAUUUUGGCUCAUGUGGAUCACGGGAAGACAACGAUUGCGGAUGCACUCUUGGCCAGUAAUGGGAUCAUUUCACAACGUUUGGCAGGCAAAUUAAGAUAUAUGGAUAGCCGUGAAGAUGAACAGCUUAGAGGGAUAACUAUGAAAUCAAGUGCAAUAUCUUUACUCUUCACCAGAGGUGAAGAAGAAUAUAUAAUAAACCUUAUUGAUUCCCCAGGACAUGUGGACUUUUCCAGUGAGGUGUCAACAGCGGUACGCCUCUGUGAUGGUGCAAUUGUUGUGGUAGAUGUAGUUGAAGGAGUCUCCCCUCAGACUCACGUAGUGUUGCGUCAAGCUUGGCUGGAGAAUAUUCGACCUUGUUUGGUUAUGAACAAGAUUGACAGGUUAAUUACUGAACUGAAGUUCUCUCCAACAGAGGCUUACUUUCAUUUACAGCAGAUUCUAGAAAAGGUUAAUGCCAUAACAGCUGCCCUCUUCACAACGGAAGUUUUAGAGAAAAGUUCUGCUAAACAGGCAACAGAAAAGACCAGGAAUGAAAAAACUUUUACAGAUGACGUUGCAGUGUCUAUUGAUGACUGGAGCUCAGGUCUUGAGGAAACAGAUGACUCAUUGUUAUACUUCUCACCUGACGUAGGAAAUGUUCUCUUUACAAGUGCAAUCGAUGGUUGGGGUUUUAGCAUUAAAGACUUUGCGGAAAUGUAUGCCAAUAAACUUGGUAUCAGCAAACAAAUUCUCUCCAACACUCUGUGGGGAGACUUCUAUCUUCAUACCAAAUCAAAAAGGAUUUUGAAAGGUGCACAAGCUAAAGCAAAGAAGCCCCUGUUUGUUCAGUUUAUACUGGACAACAUCUGGGCUGUUUAUGAUGCUGUGCUUAAAAGGGACAAAAUCAAAACGGAACAGAUAGUCAAAUCCCUAAAUCUGAAAAUCUCAGCCAGAGACAGUCGGCACACAGACAGCCGUGUACAUCUCAAGGCCUUGUUUGAUCAGUGGCUGCCACUGUCCCGCUCCAUGUUGACAGUGGUGGUGAUGAAGCUUCCCAGUCCCCUAGAGAUGGGCGAUGAGAAAGUUGAAAAGCUGAUGUGUAGUGGGCUCAGGACUUUUGAUUCUUUACCUGAGGAGACACAGCGCUUGAAAAAUGAUUUUCUGGUUUGCAGAUCUUCUGACGACGCACCUGUGAUAGUGUUUGUUUCUAAAAUGUUUGCUGUCGAAGAUAGUGCUUUACCAAAGCAUCGUAAGAGGCCACUGACUCAAGAAGAAAUUGCUGCUCGACGCGUACAAGCGCGGAAAAGACAUGCCGAGAUGCUGGCAAAUAACGCCGGCUUAGAAAAUGGUACUUCUCUUAAUUUGGAACCAGAAACAAGCAAAGAAAACAAAGAGAAUGAAAGCACCGAGGUUUUAAAGCUCACAGAAGACGAAGAGACUCCCAAAAAUCACGUGUUAGCAUUCGCACGGGUUUACAGCGGGAUCAUCAAGAAGGGCCAGCGGCUGUACGUGCUGGGCCCUAAACAUGAUCCACGAGAGGGCCUCAAUAAACAAUGGGUGCCAUUCGAGGACCAAGUCCAAUCUGACGCUUCCAGCGCUAACAAAGAAGAGGAAAACGAGGGACUUGCAGUGGCGAAAUCUGUAGAUCGAGGUACAAAUCAACAUGUGGCUGCAUUCAUUGUGCAAGACCUUUAUUUGCUCAUGGGACGAGAACUCGAAGCCCUGGACUCUGUCCCGGCCGGGAAUGUGUUGGGGAUUGGCGGCCUUGAGAGUCACGUGCUCAAGUCUGCCACAGUCUCUAGCACUGCUGCCUGUCCACCCUUCACUGCUCUUCCAAUCGAGGCUCGUCCCAUUGUCCGUGUGGCAGUGGAACCGUUCCACCCGGCCGACAUGCCCGCGCUAGCCAGGGGAAUGAGACUUCUUAACCAGGCGGAUCCUUGUGUUGAGACUUUAGUCCAGGAGACUGGUGAGCACGUGAUCGUGGGCGCAGGAGAAGUCCAUCUUCAGCGUUGUAUUGAUGAUCUAGAGAAGCUCUUUGCUGGCAUUAAACUCAAUGUAUCAGCGCCUAUUGUUCCGUUCCGAGAAACCAUCGUUGUUCCUCCUACUUUUGACAGGGUCAACGAAGCUAUUAUCAGCGAAACAAACUCGACCCAGCCGAAACAAAUCGAUACCGAAGGAGAGGAAAGCGAUAAAAAUGUCUUGGAUAAAGACAGAGGAAUCAUUGAAAUCAAGACGGCAAACAAACUCUGUAGUGUCCAAGUGAGGGCUUUACCAUUGCCAGACGAUGUUACGCAGUUACUUGAGAAGAAAAGUGAUUUGAUAAAAAUCUUAGUGACGGUGUCAUCAGCCACGAGCUUAGCAGAGCGGAGGCAGCUGGUAGAUCAAGUUAAACUUCCCACGAGAGAAUCGUUGAAAGGCCUCUAUCAAGAGCUCUGCACCGCUUUUAAAGAGGCAGGGACCAUUUGGGAUGGAGCUGCAGAUGAUAUCUGGGCAUUUGGUCCUCGUAGGAUUGGCAGCAAUGUUUUACUGAAUAGAAUACCAGGCUAUAAACGGCCUUCUAUGUGGCAAAGUUCGGGUCUGUUAGGAAACACUUGUUCGUCACCAGAAAGCAGUUACCGCGAAUAUGAUAAUAGUAUCGUUAGUGGUUUUCAGCUUGCAACAUUAGGUGGUCCGCUCUGCGAGGAACCCUUGAUGGGAGUCUGCUUUGUCGUAGAAGAUUGGAUUUCACUGGAUCCAGGUUCAAACACAGUUGCUACCACAGGAAUGAGCAGUGGAAAGAAUGUAGGGCACGAACAUGUAUCGAAGAAUGAAGAUUGUAAUGUUGACGGGAAUACUAACGAAAACGAAGCACGCAAACAUGAAGARAAAAUUAACGAAAUGAGCUGUGAAAAGAACGAUGAUCCAAAGAAAUUUUCAACAGAUUCUGAGGAUAGAAGUUCGAAAAUUGCUCCAUCGCAAAGACUUCAUAGGUUCGGACCAUUUUCUGGACAGCUGAUGUCGGCUGUCAAGGAAGGCUGCAGGCGCGCUUUUUUGCUUCAGCCGGUGCGCCUCAUGGCAGCUAUGUACACA